GCGCGGGAAGGGGGGAAAGAGAGGCUGACGCACGGGGCUCUGCAGCGGGCCCAGCCUCCACACUGGGAGGGAAAGGGAGCGGAGCGCGGCGCGGGGAAAAAGAAGCGGCUGCCGCAGCGUGUCCUGCCCCCCGCCGAAGCCCGGGCCACGGGCGAUGCGGCCGCGCCGGCCGGGCAGGGACUGCGCUUCCCGUGGGGCCGAGCGCGGCAGCCGGCAUGCGCGGCGGGCGGGCGGGGCGGGGCGGCAGGUUGCUGUUGUUACAUAGGAAACAGCUGAAGAGUCUCCACAUGACAGGGGGGGAAGGAGGAAGUGGGGCGGCCCGCGGGGCUCUGCCGCCGCCGCUCCGGUAGUCGCGGGGCUCGGCCGGCGGCUGCUGGCGGAGAGAGUCCUUCCCGCGACGAGUAGGCUGAGCGCCCUCGAGGGCGGACUUGCGCCCCGGUGCCGCCGCUGAAGGGAGGCAGGCAGGGAGCGGGGAGCCCCCCGCCGGGCCGCGGCGCCUCGCCGGGGAAGUUUGGUGCGGGGCGGGAUCCCGCCGGCCGCGGCGGUGGCGCCGGGUAUGAACGGCUUCGCCCCCGAGGAGGUGACCCAGCGCGGGGCAGACCCCGCCGCCGCGGCGGCGGUGGGCAAUGCGGGCUCCGCCGUGGAGGUGCCGCCGCCGCCAGCGCCGCCGGGGCUGGGUCCGGCCGCCGCCGCCGCGGGCUCGGCGGGCGGUGGGUGCGCGGGCGGCCCCGGGGCCGGGCAGCUGUGCUGCCUCAGGGAGGAGGGGGAGCGAUGCGGCCGCGCCGCCGGCAACGCCAGCUUCAGCAAGCGCAUCCAGAAGAGCAUUUCGCAGAAGAAGGUGAAGAUCGAGCUGGACAAGAGCGCAAGACAUCUGUACAUUUGUGACUUCCACAAAAAUUUAAUUCAGAGUGUGAGAAAUAGAAGAAAGAGGAAAGGCAGCGAUGAUGAUGGUGACUCACCAGUGCAAGACAUCGACACUCCAGAGGUUGAUUUAUAUCAGUUACAAGUAAACACACUUCGAAGGUACAAAAGACACUUCAAGCUACAGACCAGACCGGGACUUAACAAAGCACAGCUUGUUGAAAUAAUUGGCUGCCACUUUAGGACAAUUCCAGUGAAUGAGAAGGACACCUUAACAUACUUCAUCUACUCAGUGAAGAAUGACAAGAACAAAGCAGAUCUAAAGAUGGAUAGUGGGAUUCAUUAGGCAGAAAAGGUUGGGACUGAGACUCAGGCUGCAGAUGAAAAGACUGAGGUUUUGUUGAUAUGCAGAAGCUUUCUUUGUAACUUUUUCUCCUGAGAGAGUUUGUCUGUUUUAUUUUUCAUAACCUUGCUGAUUUGUUUGAAAACCAUCUCUUAUGAAACAAAUUUCCUCAGCAAAAGUAUUUUAAAUAAAUAUCACUGAUAUUGUUGCUCAAA